GCUGCUCUCCCUCGAUCAUUUCGGCUGCGUGCGUGCGUGCGUGCUCGCUCGCUCGCUCGCGCGCUUCUCCCGACGUGUCGUCGCUGCGACACGCAAACUCCCUGUCCGAGACUUUAAAACGAAUCGCAAGCGAGCGCAGAUCGUAUUUUUCUCGCACGGUACGCAUCAGCCACUACGACGAUGGCAGCUCACUGGAUCCGCAGUGCACAGAUCUCCUCGAGGCUCACCGGUGUGCGACUUUACAGCAAAAAAGUACACAAAUGCACCCUUAUUCCCGGCGAUGGCAUCGGGCCCGAGAUCUCCGCAGCUGUGCAGAAAAUCUUCGAUGCCGCCAAGGUGCCGAUAGAAUGGGAAUCCGUUGACGUGACACCAGUGAAGGGUCCAGAUGGCAAGUUUGGUAUACCACAAGCAGCCAUCAACUCUGUCAAUAGGAAUAAAAUCGGCCUGAAGGGUCCCCUCAUGACUCCCAUAGGAAAAGGACAUAGAUCUCUGAAUUUGGCACUCAGAAAGGAAUUCAAUUUAUAUGCCAACGUACGACCGUGCCGAUCGUUGGAGGGAUAUAAAACGCUGUACGACAACGUAGACGUUGUCACCAUACGAGAGAACACGGAGGGCGAAUAUUCCGGUAUAGAGCACGAGAUCGUAGAUGGCGUAGUACAGUCCAUUAAAUUAAUUACGGAGGAGGCUUCCCUUAGAGUAGCAGAAUUCGCUUUUCAAUAUGCCAGAGACAAUAAUAGAAAAAAGGUAACCGCUGUACAUAAAGCAAAUAUCAUGAGGAUGUCGGAUGGCUUGUUCCUGAGAUGUUGCCGAGAAGCCGCGCAAAAGUACCCCAUGGUUAAAUUUGAGGAGAAAUACUUAGAUACAGUUUGCCUAAAUAUGGUACAAGAUCCUAGCCAGUAUGACGUGUUGGUAAUGCCUAACCUGUACGGCGAUAUUCUAUCGGACAUGUGCGCUGGGUUGGUUGGUGGACUCGGUCUCACUCCAAGUGGAAACAUUGGGUUGAACGGAGCACUCUUCGAAUCCGUACAUGGUACAGCACCAGAUAUAGCCGGACAGGAUAAAGCAAAUCCAACAGCAUUAUUGUUAUCAGCAGUAAUGAUGCUCAAGCACAUGGGUUUAACCAACGAGGCGAAUAUCAUCGAACAGGCUGCUUAUGACACCAUCAAGGAGGCGAAGUACCUGACCGGCGAUCUAGGCGGCACCGCCAAGUGCAGCGAGUAUACCGACGAGAUCUGCAAGAAGGUCGCCGCCCAGGCGAAAUAGACGUGUACGCGUCGCCGAUCUGAGACCUGAACUGCCAAAUACUCGUAGAACGUCGCGCCCACGAUGGAAGGGGUGCCCUAUUUUCUACCAUCAUUAUACUGUGCACAGUCGCGUAAUGUGCGUCUUUGCCCGUGGUCAGGCUCGCGUCAAGGUCGCGUGUAUGAGUCUCGAGGUGCCGUGUUUAUCCAUGUGUAUUUGUCCACACACAUAAAGAUUAAUGCAACGAUUCUUCCCUCCUCUUGCUUUUCAUAAAAAAAAAAGAAAUAUUUUCGUGGCUCAGUCUCUGUGAAUAUUCGUUUCGGAUCAUUUAUAUUUUGCAAAAAGAAUUCGUCUAGAUUUUACCUAUUAAAGAGAAAUUCUAAGAACCAACUUUAUAGUCGUUGAGAUUUUUUUGAGAAUAUAUAUAUUUAAUAUAUACAUAUAUGUAUGUAUAUAUAUACAUAUAUAUAAAAUUUAUCUUGUACAAUACAUAGAAUUUCGUAGAACAAAUUCUGUGAGAAUCUAAUAUCAAUGGCAGAACGAGCGUCACAGAUUUCAUCGACUUGUAUUACAAAGCGACAUUUAAAAUUUUGUUUUAUCGUCGAGUCAAAUACACGUACGCCACCAUUCGUCGAGACCUACAUUGACUGAGCGUAUAUUGUGUACAUGUCCAUCGUAAUGUGUUGUUUUAUCCGUUGGAGAAAUGGUCCUAGUAGACAUCCUGCGAGGAUUAACCGUGUAAGUUGCGCAAUAGGAAUAUUAUAACAUAAUUUUAAAUAAAAUUGUUACACGGAGCGUGCUCUCCUCGAAGAGAAAAAAAAUAGUUUAAAAUAUCGAAGUCGCGCAGUAUUACAACCGAAUAAAAAGUUGAUAAAAACCAGC